AUGGCGGUGCUUGCCAUUGAAGGGCACAAGAAGCUUGAAGCUGCACAGCAGGAGCUUUAUGAUGCAUUCAGUGCCUGUUUUAAGACUGUUAACGGAAGAAGUGUGGACACAUGGCAGCCACAUGAGACAAUUAUGCUUUGCAAUGACACAACAUUCUUCGAUCUAGCAGAAGCGCUGCGAGCAGAGAUUGCGACACUGACUGGUGAGACCUUGACUCCCGUCACGGAUGUGGUCAGCAUUGCGGCUUUGGCCAAAGCCAGAGAAUUGCAUUUGGAGGGAGACUUGACGACCGAGAACUUGGCAGAGACAGUCUUCCGAACUCAACUUCUUGGAGAGCUUCUGGUGGAUUUGCAGGCCUGCCGGCUAAUGGCCAAGAAGUACUGCUGCACAGAUUUGCGCUUGGAACUCUCCGACAAGGCCACAAGCGAGGCAAAGGACUUGGUAGAAGAUAUUUCCAAAGCGUUUGGGAUCAUUGCAUAUGCAGCCAGGAGAGGAGGCAAAGGUGCCUACAAGGGCAAAAGCAGGGGUCUCCAGCCAGUGGAUGAAAAGGUUCAGGCCUUGGAGGAGGUCGCAGCCAAAAUCGGAUGUGACACUUCCUGGUCGGCAAAGAGGUUUGAUCACCUCCUGUAUCCAUGCUGGAGCUUGUCCCCAGAACAGGAGAAGACGGUGUAUGAGAUCAUGGAGGUGUUCAACCAGGAGUAUUCCGUGAGGCGGAAGGUGCUAACUCGGCGGCUGGAUGUCACGAUCCAGGCCUUUUUGUGGUCACCCAAAGCCGACUCCUACAUGGAGCAAAUUUCUCAGGCUAUUGCAGCCGUCAUGGAUUGGCGAGAUCAUUUGAGUUUCGCUAGCAUAGGGAGCUGGCACAUGCUUGCCACUGAUGAAAAAACUGUCCAAGAACCUCCAAAGAUAUCGUCCAUCACCGCUCUGAAGUCUGUGGUGAAGACCAUCAUCAUCGGUGCAGUGCCUGAUCGAGGUGGUGUGCCUGAAGGUCUGGCCUUGCAAGUGGCAAUAUGA